AUGCAAAUCUUACGAUUUGUUACCAAAACUGCACUUGCAGUCCAUUUGGCCGGUGGGCUUGUGGCUGCGCAGAAUAUCACUUACCUCCCGUGGCCGAUUUGUGCCAAUGAGACGGCAACCUGUGCUCAAGCCAACGUCACGUUUGCGUACUACUACGGCUAUCCAAUUUACCAGUAUGCCUUGGCCGUACAGCGCACUGAGAACCCAACCGCGAAUACGCUUGUUCACCAGCGUAAAGUUGCGACUGCGGCGGACACCUGGCUGAACAAACCGAACGUCGAUACUCUCUACUCCAGAGCUUUCCUGGAUGUUUCGGCUUCGGACCUUGUCAUAAACAUUCCGGAAAUCGCUGAUCGUUACUGGGUAUGGCCAUUCUACGAUUUCUAUGGCAACAAUAUCGCCAAUCUUGGCAUUUUGUCGUCGUCUCCCGCAGGCGAAUACCUCGUUCGUUUUGACAGCAACAACCCGGGAUUGCAUCCCAGUCCAGACACCCGAUACCAAGCUUACGUUAAUAUCCCAACCCCAUAUGGGAUCUCUGCCACCCGGAUUCUCGUCGCCCAGAACCAGACAGAUGUCGAAGCGGCAAACCGCAUCCAGGAUGAGCUCAGUAUUACUCCUGUCGACCGCAAAUCCUCCCGGGUCGCGCCUCCCUUGAACCUCACAAUGUUCACGGAUUCUGAGCUUGUACCUGGCUCAAAGAACACCCUCGAGGAAGGCGUCCUGAAGCUUCUUGCACAUCUGUCACCAUACAAUGAGCCCGUGGUUGCUGCCGACAGAGGGUGGGUUUCAGCAACACUGCAAGGCGCUGGGGUAUCCAACGGGGCUUUUGUGCAGCCAGAAAACACUAAUCUCACGGCGGCCUCGGCAGCAGCCAAUAGUUCUGUUGUUCAAGAGUUGGCGAUCCCAGGAUACCUUACGUCACUUGGCAAUAACUGGGUUUUGCCAGAUGCAACCUACCUCGGCAACUUCCAGAGCGCCUAUGUUACUCGGUAUUUGAUUGCGUCGACUGGCUACCUGGCCCUCACGCGGGAGCAGACCGUAUACCCGCAAUAUGUUCCUUCAGCAGUUAGCCCAGUCAUCCGGUCUGAUCGCGCCCUUCGAAUUACUUUCACAUCCAGACCAGCGAUGAAGACGUUUGGGUUCUGGAGUCUGACCGUAUACGACUUUCAAGCAUAUCUCGUUCCCAACGACCUCGGCAGAUACGCUGUUGGCGACAGGAGCAACUUUACAAUGAUGGAUGGAUCCUCGUUCAGUGACGGAGGAGAAGGACCCUUCCAGGUUUUGAUCCAGCCUAGCAACAUGCCGCCGCCGGCAAACUGGACGAACAAUUGGUUGCCUUCACCGGCUGACGGAAAAGGUCUCCAGUUAAACUUGAGGUUCUACGGCGGAAAAGACGUCAUGUCGAAUGGAGCCUACCUGUACCCUCUGGUUGAAGCUAUUGACCCCAUUACUUUGUAG